AUGCAAAGCAUGCAAGAAGAAAUGGGCAAAAAUAUAACUCGGUUGCAAAAGCAUAUUAAUACAUGUACUUUACGCAAUUUGAAUAAAACUUCCAAUGCUAAUAAAAGACAAAAAGUAUUAAACCUUACCUCGCAAAAACAAAUUGAAUUGGAAUCUUUGCUUGCACGUGCCUUUUACACAUCAGGGGUUUCGUUUAAUGUAAUUGAAAAUAUAAAUUUUCAAGCUUUUUUUAAAAAGGCUUGUCCUUCUUUUAAUAUUCCAUCACAUCGUACUUUUUCCAAUUCACUUCUUGAUAAAGAAUACACGAAUCUACAAGUAGUUAUCCAAAAUACCCUUGAUGAAACACCUUAUCAUUGUCUAGUUAGUGAUGGGUGGUCGAAUAUUAACAAGUCACCAAUAAUUAAUUACAUGAUUACUACACCUGAUCUGAUUUUUUAUAAAUCGGUUUGUACUAAAGAAGAACAUCACACCACGGAAAAUAUAGCUAAAGGGAUUGAAAAUAUAAUGCUCAAAAUUAAUAUUGAUAAGUUUGUCUGUGUAAUCACAGAUAAUGCAAAUAAUAUGAAAGCUGCAUGGAAUAUUUUAAAAAAUAAAUAUUCAAACAAGAUCUUUCUUAGAUGUUGGGCUUAUGGAAUAAACCUUUGGAUUAAGAAUAUUCUUAAAAAUGGAUGGGCUCUACGAAUUUUAAAAAAAAACCAAAGAAUUAGUUUUGUAUUUCUGUGGACAUCAACAUUUGAGUGUUUUGAUUAUGUUUUACAAACACAAGCUGCAAUUUAUACCAUAUUAACCGAAGAUAGUAUUGAAUUAGAUGAAAAUAUCAAAGCAAUUAUCAUAGAUUAUAUAUUUUGGGCGGAUCUAAAAAGACUUUAUGAUUUUUUAGAACUAUUCAUUAAUUUUAUAUAUCAAUUAGAGAUAGAACUUCGCGAUAGUACUUUACAAACAGCUAGAAACCAAUGUGUUAAUUUUCUAUACAAUCCGGCAAUUAUAGUUGUAUAUAUACUUGAUCCUAGGUAUCGUGGUAAAGAUCUUGAUCUCCAAAUAAGAGCUGAUAUAAUAAAUAAUGAAGUAAUUCGAAUUGCAGGUGUUGAUAAUGAAAGUCAAUUAGGAAGAUCUGUAUUAAUUAACAAUUCGCAAGAAAUAUCUGUUAAUUUAGAUAAUCAAGAACUUGAUAUUAAUACAGAUAAUGACAAAAAUGAAGAGCUUAAUGAAGACUUUACUGAUUUUUCUAAUUGGCUUCUUAAUAUAUUCAACAAUCGUGGUGAUUAG